AUGGAGGCACCAAAGAAGAACCACCGUAAUGCCCCUAAGCGGCAGAAGCGGACUCCGGCUAAGCACCUGAAGGACAAGUCAAAUGAAUUCGACGAAGUCCUACAAGCCGACGUGGAAAGACUGCUGAAGAGCAAGCGGGACCCCAGCCCAGCGGACGCUACUUCCCCUCAGCCCACGCUCCCAGAACUUUUCACAGAGAUUGAGGUGACGGUCGCAGAGAUAUCGUCGACAGGUGAUGGGCUAGCGCUAUCGGAGAACGGGGACCAUGUAUAUGUCGUCCCUUUCACUGUUCCUGGGGACAAGGCGCUGGUAAAGGUAGUGCGACAUGUCAAUGCACUCUCCUACAGUGUAACGGACUUUAUCAAGGUCAUUGAACCUGGCCCGCAACGACGAGAUGAUGCAAUUGGAUGCAAAUACUUUGGAAAAUGCUCGGGUUGUCAGCUCCAGAUGAUCUCAUAUGAGGACCAGCUGGCGCAUAAGAAGCGCAUCGUCGAGAAGGCCUAUGCCAACUUUUCCGGCCUUAUCCCGGAAUUGAUUCCUGCCAUCGGGGACACCUUCCCCUCUCCUCAGCAAUAUGGAUACAGAACCAAACUCACACCGCACUUCGCAAACCCAAAGCGCGACGAGGCCGGAGAAGUCCAGGUACCGCCAAUUGGCUUCACAUACAAGAACCAGCGCCGACGACUCGACAUCGAAGACUGCCCACUAGGCACAGAUAUUCUCAGAGCAGGUCUCAAGAGCGAGAGGAAGAAAGUAGCAGAGAACUUGGAUAAGUACAAACGGGGCGCAACGAUCCUCCUCCGCGAAACAACCUCCCGCACUCCAAAGGACUCUUCCACAGACGCCAAUACCGACUCCAAACCAACUGUUAUUACUUAUGAAAGCACAAACAAACCACACCAAGAAUCCGGGGACGUCAUCACUAUUGACCACCCCAACUAUACCGAAGAGAAGCGCUGCGUGACAGACCAAAACGCCACGUCUGUCGAGUACAUCGACGACUACAUCUUCACCAACAAAGCCGGCGCCUUCUUCCAAAACAACAACUCCAUCCUCUCCGGCUUUACAGAGUACAUCCGCCAACAAGCCCUCCUCCCCAACUCCGACAAAUCCGCUACCCCCAUCAAGUACCUCCUCGAUGCCUACUCCGGCUCCGGUCUCUUCACCAUCACUCUCUCCCCGAUCUUCAAGUCUAGUCUGGGCGUUGACGUCGCUGGCGACUCGAUCGUCUCGGCCCGUGAAAACGCGCGCGCAAACUCCCUACCUAACACCGGCUUUGCUGCUGCCGACGCUGCAGUUCUCUUCAAGGAUGUGCCGUAUCCGGCUGACCAGACGUUGCUGGUGAUAGACCCGCCGCGCAAGGGAUGCAGUGAGGACUUCCUGAAGCAAAUGCUAGAAUAUGCGCCAAGGAGAGUCGUGUAUGUUAGCUGUAAUGUGCAUACACAGGCGAGAGAUGUGGCAGUUAUGGUGCAAGGCGACGCAAAGACCGGGGUGAAGUACGAUGUCGAGAGUAUCCGCGGUUUCGAUUUCUUCCCGCAGACGGGGCAUGUGGAGGGUGUUGCUGUGCUGAACAAGGCGUCUGCCUGA